UUAUGCUUUCAUGCCCGCAACGUACCAUCGAUCGGGAUCGAGACCUAUUUACAACGGAUACUCAAAUAUUGUCCUGUCACCAACGACGUCUUUAUCUCGUUGCUUGUCUAUUUCGACCGGAUGAGCCGCAAACUAGCAUCCCAGUCUAGCGAGGCUGACGCCGGUACUAAGCGUGGGGAUCGAUCGUCAGGCGCCGAGACGAAAGGUUUCGCUAUCGACAGUUACAACGUACACCGCCUCGUCAUUGCGGGAAUCACUAUCAGCUCCAAAUUUCACUCCGACGUCUUUUACACGAAUUCACGGUAUGCCAAGGUCGGAGGUUUACCUCAAACCGAGUUGAACCAGCUCGAGCUACAAUUCCUGCUUCUCAACGACUUUCACUUGAUGAUACCUCUGGACGAGAUGCAACAAUAU